UGUCCCUUUCGCUUUCACCUCUCAUGCCAGAAUCACAGUUCAGUCACAUGUCCUCUCCCGGCUUCCGUAGACAUUCCUUCACUGUCAAUUCUGUGCGGUGUUAGACAAUCCUCGGUGAGCCAACAAUCCAGCUCCAAGUGUAAACUAUGGAAGAGAUUAAUAACAUUGAAGUCACUCCGUGCACAGAGUCCGACUAUCUGAAACCGCUCAGGGUGCACUAUAACCAGAAUGGCACAAAGAAAUCCUGGGACUUCAUGCGAACCCAUGACAGUGUAUCAGUGCUGAUCUUCAACACCAGCUCACACUGUUUUGUCCUUGUCAAGCAGUUCCGCCCAGCUGUAUACAUGUGUGAGUGGGAAAGGAUCAAGACGCAGCCGCCCAAGUCUGCUGAAAAAACUGAGGAGGGGGCCUCCGAAUCGGCCGCUGCAGCCCCCGAGUCUCCGGAGGGCCAGUCGGCCUCAGAGGGGGAGAGCUCUUCACAGUGGCCCCCGGCUUCAGCAGGCAUCACCUAUGAGCUCUGUGCCGGUCUGGUGGACAAACCCGACCUAUCUCUGGAGGAGAUCGCCCGGCAGGAGGUGCUGGAGGAGUGUGGCUACGAUGUGCCUGCCUCUAAACUGAAGAGGAUUACUUCCUACAGGUCGGGCGUAGGUGUAACAGGCGCCAAGCAGACCAUGUUUUACGCCGAGGUGUCUGACGACAACUGUGUGAGCGCAGGUGGAGGUGAGCCAAAGGAGGGAGAGCUUAUCGAGGUGGUCAAAGUCCCGCUGCAUGAGGCCAUGACGUUUGCCUACGACGAGCGUAUACCCAAAACCAUGGGCGUCAUAUUUAGUUUCAUCUGGUUCCAUAAUAACAUGUCUCCCAAGUACAAGAUCUCCACCAAUGUGUAACUAGUAUUAACCAACCCUCUUUAUACUGUUUAUUCCAAAUUAGAUCAAACACAGGCCCAGCACAUCCACACUUCCCCACAUGGCUCUUCAUCCUGUAUUGCCUUUUUGCUUAUUGGUACAUGAUGAAAGGUGGGCCCCUUGUCUCGUUGCCAACAGGUAUCUUUAGGUUUUGUCCCGUUUACCUUUUUGAGUUUCAGGUGGUCUUAAUAUUUUGUCAUAAAACAAAUUUGCCAUAGCUGGUUGUCACUGGCACAUUUAUCUCUUCUUGAUGAUUUUUUUUUUAAAGUCUGUUAAUCAUUUCAUUUACUUUGCCAUCUGUUAUAAAUGGCUGCAUAUCACUGAUUUCCUUUGCCUGCCCUUGAUUAAAGGAAUACUCCACUGCUUUCAGUGUAGGCUCUUGAAUGUUACUUGUAUUUAUAAAAAUAGUAUAGUAUUUUAAAUACACCUGAUACUGGCUAAGAAAAAGCCAUUUAUCAAUCUGCUUUUAGGCAAAUUCCAACUUCUUUCAAGCAUUCAUACAACACCCAGCAUUCAUUGCAAACUCUGGGAUGCAGACCAGCAGUGUGAUGAGCGGGUUAGCCUCGGUUUGCUAACAUUUUAGCAAGUUAAUAUUUGCAUUGGAGUUGAUGCAAACAGUUGCCUAACAAAGUGUGCCAGAGGACAUCUGCAUUUAAAAUGACAAUACACAUCAUAUGAACUAUAACUACCUUUUUGUACUGGUCAUUACUUGAACCAUUAAAGAUAUAGAUAAUGUAAAAAAGCAGAAUGGUGGAGUAUUCCUUUAAUCCGUGAUCCAGUAAUGCAAAAACUAUGCUAGUCAAUGGUGGGGCCUUGCAACAAUUGAGGUGUUCGGUGUGUUUUAACCACCACUUGUUCAAGCACGCCUCAGUUUAUUUCUCUAAUCCACAGCCUUUAAGCAAUACUUAUCAUAGUAACCCGUGCUAAACUAUCACUCAGUGUCAAUGGUAGAGAAUCUUUACAAAGUCAAGCCAGUGGACAUAUUAGCAGGCUUUUUCUUCUACAGGUGAAGUUAGGUAGUCUCACACAUCACCGAAAAAGCAUUCAGCUACCCAUCCCUGCACCAAGGGCCUAAUCUCGGUUAUCAAUUUGUCAUUUUUCUCAAGCACAAUCCUGCAAUGAGUUACCGGUAUUUGGCCUGCAACAUGCCAGUGAACAGUACUGAUUUUACUUUUUGCGCUUUGAAUGAAUUGUUUUCUCUCUCUUUUGCAAAUUUCAAAAUACAGUAGAGAAGACACUGUAUAAAGGCUAAAUCCUCCAUUUGUUUCAUCAUUUUUGUUACACUCGAAGUCAUUUCUAGAGUUCAUUUCAAACGGUUACAUUUUGAACACGUUAAUGCCCUUGGUCAUAAUUCAUUUCGGCGGUUCUGUGUUGUAAAUCUCGGAUUGUCAUUAACACGCAAACCUAAUCUCACAAAGUGAAUCUCAGCAGCAGUUUGCCAAAAUCUCAGGUCCAUAUAGUCAAAGUUUUGGUCAUAUUCAGGUUGGAUCUCUGGAUGUGAUGAUGACCAGCAUUUUAUUAUAUUAUUAUAUUUCAAAAUCACUUGCGGUUUAAAGGCGGCAACGUUCUUACUAUAUGUUAGUAUUUUUCUUCAUUCCAAAAGGGCUGGUACUUCAUUUAAUAAUCAAUAUGUAAAAAAGAAGAAAUUUCCCCACCUUGUAGUUUUCCUAAAACAUAUGCAAGUUUUAAACCAAGACAAUAGUGUUUUUAGAAAAUGACUGCUCACUUCCAACCCAUCUCAUUAUUUAUAAAGAAUUACAGGUAGAUAAUUAGAAAAGUACCCUUCUUGGUGCACCUGCUAAGUUUUGAAGUAUGUGAGGAAAAAAAUAUAGCGAGUACAAAUAAAAUCGUUAUUUUAAAAAAACAAAAAGAAAAAAAAACGGCCAAAAUAACUUUGUUGAUUUCAAGAUAAAACGAGAAAGUGCUGUAUGUUAGAGUUCUUUGUAAGAGUUCAAAGGUAAUAACACUUUGAACAUAUUGGAGGUGAAAUCUUAAACCUGUUAGCUAGUCCCCAACAAAACCACUUACUGUUGAUGCAUUUGUCUAAACUGACAAUCAAAUGUGAACAUUUGACUUCUUUUACCCAUAAAACUUUGUGUUUUUUUGGUCAUUUCCAUGGGUUUGUUAGGUGUAUGUACCUUUCCAUCCUAAAUCUCACAGAGGUUCUCUUAGAAGAGGACUGAGCAUCAGUUUCAGGCACAUCGACGCAGUUAUCUGGUGCUGCUUGAUUUCAAACAGUUUUGUCUGCAUGAAACAAAAUGAAGAAUUUGAAUGAACCAAAAUAAAUAUGUGUUACACACCGAGUCAACUAUUCGCUCCCAGGUCGUGUAGGAAUAUAUGCAGAACCGGUAAGCCAUAUUUAUCUCCCCCUCCUUUGCUCUCGUUGAGCUUCUUUGUCCUUCCGCCCAUCAAAGAUCAUUCCUUGAUGUAGGAUUUUAUAUAUUUGCUCAAACUGCUUGAAUCAUUUUUACUUUGUUUAUUUUCUUUGCAAAAGGAAACCCGACUCAUUUACGUAAUUAAUUUACAUUCUUACAAAUUAUCACCGAAACCUGAUGUCCAACACUAAAUCACAUUUUCUGUGUUAUUGAUAUCAUUUAUAAAUUUGGAUGCAAAAUUUCCAACAUAUACAAAACUACAGGAUGUCUCUACUUUAUGUUUAUUUAUAAGUUUGGAAAAAAAUUGGAAGCACGUUGGGAAACCCAUGAAAUGACCAAUGGACAACUUAUGUGUAGAGUAAAUUAGAAAAGGACACACAUUGUAACACUAAAGGGACUUUUAAACAACAUUUUCUUAACAACUUAAUUUUUUUUUUUUUUUUUUGGGCACUGUAUCCUCAUUAGGUCCCUUCCCCUACUUAUUUCCUCCAUCUUCUGCCAUGUGAUGUUUUCUCUAGUCUUAAAUUGAAUAAGGUCUAAGUGAAGUUUAAUGGACAACCUUACUAAAAGAUUCCCAAUGGUGCUCAGUUUUCCAUCCUGUCUAGUAUGAGAUGAACCCAUCGUGGAAAACAAUGAACAUGGUCACUUUUUGUCUUGGAAUAACUUAUUAGAAACUUAUUUGUUGCCCACAUUUAAAACAGGUUAGCCAUAAUCAUUUAAAAAAAAAAAAAUCAUCUUGUGUAUUUAAAAAGAAAUCUGUUUGCUGAAAUGAGGCCAACUGCUUCUGAUUUGGCUUGAUGUAAAAUGUGACAAAGCCAUCUUAACUUGUAAGGCCAGUCUGUAACUUCAUGUGCCUGUCAAAUGUGGAGAAUUGCCAUGUGACUUCUCUUUUGGCUGAAAUAGUUUUUCUAUUUGAGGAAAGUUAUAGCAAAAACACAAAGGCUUUUCUUUGCCUUUUCCGUUGGCUUGUCACUGUGGGCGGCAUCAGCCAACAAACCAACCCCGGUACAUAUUUCUCCGCGCUUUCCCUCCAGCUGUUAACUGGAAGUCGAGUGCAUUUAGUGAACAUCACAGAAGAAUUACAGCAGCCUUACUCAUUGACAAAACAAAAGUGGCAAAACAAUAGAUGGCAGCUGCAAGUGGGAGGGAUCAAUUCUAACGUCUGAAGAUGUUGUGAUUUCAGCUCGCUUGUUGCAGAAAAUUCAGUUGCCAAAAGACACAACCAGCGUGGCAGCACUUCAGGUUCAGCUGGUCCAGCCAGCUUCUCUACAGAGGCAGUGAAAGAUAUGAUGGAAAGUUCAAUUUACUUUUAUUCCGCCUGUGGAGGCUAAACUCACGAGUUGAUCUGUUAUCAGACCUCCAGUCUAUUUUAUACUAUUUUUUUAUUAGUUUUUAUAAGCUAUUCAGAUGUGUCUGGCUAUGUUUUUAUAAUCUAAUUUAGUUUUAAACCUAUGUGUUUGAGGCCAAACACUGAACUCUGAUAUGGUCGACUUUAUUCUAAUGGAAGCCAUGUAAAGGUCGGUAACACUGGUGAUUGGCAGUGUUCUUGGAGAACUUAAAGAUAAAAGUUCAACCUUUUAGAAAAUCUCCUUGUUUUUUGUUGUUUUUUUGCUGAGAGUAUUACGACAAUAUUUAAACCACUCUCAUGUCUGUACGGUGAAUAUGAAGCUACAGCCGGUAGCUGGCUAAUGUAGCUUAGCAUACAAACUUAGCCUGGCUCUGAGAAAAGGUUACAAAAUCUGCCAACCCGCACCUCUAAAACUCAGUAAUUACCACAAAAAAGUGUAAACAUUUUUUUAAUAGGGGAUCAAUACCAGACUUGGCUGGUAUUGAUCCGUGACUGCUUUGGUUGCCUGGCAACUGAUCCUGGCAGAGAAAAGAAUUAACAAAUAACCCCUUGUGAAGUGAAGAAGUAUCUCCUUUAAACUUUGGUUUUUGUAUGGAUUAAACAAGAUUCAGUUUGUUAAUUAGUGAGCUUUAGCUGUUAGCUUUGGCUAGUUGUUUCUAGUCUUUGUGCUAAGCUAUGCUAAACGGUUGCUGGCUGUAGCAUCACAUUUACUGUACAGCCAUGAGAACGAUAUCAGUCUUCUUAUCAAACUCUCGGCAAGAAAGCAAAUAAGUGUAUUUCCCAAAAUUUUUGAAUUAAACCUUUAAGUCUCCCACCGAGCGACAAGCCCCUUUACGACAAAAGUAAAAGCACUUUUGACAGUCCAGAGUGAGGUUGCAGACUGUGCCACUGGUAAGCCAUAUGCUACUUCUAUUGAAUAAAACACUAAUAUAUGAGGUCAUUAAUGGUUGUAUAAUUCAUUAUUUCCUAUGCUGGAUAUUAACCAUUAGCCCAGCAUUGGACAUUUCUACCUCCAUCACUCAGGCACAUAGCGACAAUAUGUUGUGUCCGUUUGCUCGGCUCCAAGGCGCUGACAUAUCAAAUUCUCAGCAACAUGUCAGAAAUGUCAGCACUCAGUUGUUCUCUGUGACUGAAUACUUAAUUCAUUGGUACCAGACUUUUAUAGAUGUACCCCCAUGGCUAUGCUGUAGUUGCUUCUUCAACUGUGAUCCUUUUUUGUUCUGUUGAUGGUUUGUGCACUGUUUGACAAUUUCUUACUGUAUUUUCAAUGAUCAUGAGCUGAGCAACAGUUAAUCCUGAACGUGUUUUUUUUAAAGGUGCUAUGUGUAGUAUUCUCUAAUUACUUUUAAGUUGUAACUUGAGCCAUUGAUGUGGCCGUUUAGACAUGACCUCUGGUGAUCGACUCAAUAUUGCUUUGUUGGAGAAGGAACUUUUGAUUUUGGAUAAAGUCGGUCGCGUUUGCUUCUUUAUUGGCAGACUGGUAGCUGAAUAUUCAGAAGCAACACGGGGAGGAUAAUCAGAUCUGCUGCUGUCAUGCUGUUCAUAGUGACUUUAAAGUGUAGCACAUGUUGUUCUCUUAGGUAAUGUAAUAUUCAGUGAAAAUUCUACACAUAAUACCUUUAAGUGAAAGAAGUAUUAUGAUGUUUUCAUGGUAAAGACCUGAAGAAAUUUGUCCAAUUGUGAUUUUUUUAUUUUUUUUUAUUUCAUUUCUGGUGUCUUUCACUGAAUUUGUGUUUUAAGAAAAAUAUUUUCUGGAGAAAAAAAAAAAAAAAGUACAAACACGAACAUUGCAGUUUUACGAAUUUAUCAUGUAUUUAUUCUUUAUUAAAAUUGUAUACUCAUUGUGGGCAGUGUUUUCUGUAAAGUUUCAAUUUUGUUAAUUUAUUACUUAAAUGUUAAAUAUUAAAAACUUUAAAAAAAACAUGACACUUGGUACAAACAUACGGUACAUAUUUAAAUAUGAUACUUUGCAUGUGCACUAACUGUGUUGGAUUAAACUGCAUUAAGUUUAAAUAAAAUGGGUUUGAUGCCCAAAAC